CCCUCCGUACCAUCAUCUACAUCACCCCUCUUCCCUGUACCACGAAGCAUCUACCAUGGCCAUCGCCACGCCUCGCCUCUAUAUAUACACCGUGCUCUCACUCUCCUGCUAACCAAACACAGAAUCAUCAUCCAUCGAUCCAAGUAGCUAGCAAGAGCUCUUGUAAAAAUGCCAGGACAGGUGAUGGAAGCUGCGCUGCAGCAGCUGCCGGCGUCCAUGGCGUCGGGAUCGCUCCUGCUGCCUCCCGCCUGCCUCCAGCAUCCGCUUCCGGCGGCGGCGGCGGCGUCAGGCGGCGUGGGAGGGAGUAGCAGGGAGCAGUGCCCGCGGUGCGCGUCGCACGACACCAAGUUCUGCUACUACAACAACUACAACACGUCGCAGCCGCGCCACUUCUGCCGCGCCUGCCGCCGCUACUGGACGCUCGGCGGCUCCCUCCGCAACGUCCCCAUCGGCGGCUCCACCCGCAAGCGCCCCCGCCCCCCCGUGCGCCGCCCGCCCGUCCACUUCACCGCCGCCGCCGCCGCCGCCGCCGCCGCUGCACCGCCUCAUCACCAUCAUCAUCAUCACGGCGGGCCGCUCACGCCGCCGCCGGCGACCUCUUCUUCCUCGCAGCAGGCGGGCCUGCUCGGCUCGCUGUUCGCGCUCGGCGCGGCGCCGCUGCUGGAGGGCCGCGUCGGCGUCGGCUUCGACCUCGGCCUCGGCCUGCCCGGCCCGGGCCACCACCAUGCCGUCGCCGGCGGCGGCGGACCUGCUGCAGCGGUGGCGACGUCGUCGUCGUCGUCGGCGGCGGCGCCUCUGCUCUGGCCCACCGGGCUGUUGGACAGCAGCAGCAAUAAUGCCGAGACAUGGAGGAUGGCGGCCGGCGGCAUGUGGCCGGAGUUCACUGCGGCGGCGGCGCAGGUGGGCGGGCUGAUGCAUGGAGGGGCCCAGCAGCAACCACAGCUUCUGUGAUAGUACUUCUACAGUGCAAAAAUACUUUCCCAUGCAUGCAUGCAUGCAUGUAAUGGUCGACUAGGAUUAGCUUAAUUGUGUUUUCAGUACUGCUGCAGGAUGUUCCCGUAGUUAGUCGAUAUGGAGGGUGUCUAAUAGCGCUGGGUGGGUUAAUUACGUGUUCUUUACUGCGUGGUCGAUGUUAGUACGAACGUUGUUGUUGUUGUGUUCUGUUUUAAAACAAGUGUUACUGUGUGUGUGGUAUAUGAUCCAUAGUACCGAGCUAGUACAAAUUAAAUUAAAGUUCCUUUUUUUUCCCAUGAAAACCCCUUUGUU